AUGGAUCAUCGAUUCCACGAAUUGCACCAGGAACUCGCGACAAUGCUUAUCCCUAAGGACGACCGCAAGAAGAUCCACGAGUACCUCUUCCGCGAGGGUGUGCUCGUGGCCAAGAAGGACUUCAACCUUCCCAAGCACAAUGACAUCGACACCAAGAACCUCUAUGUCAUCAAGGCUUGCCAGUCCCUGACCUCCCGCGGCUACGUCAAGACCCGCUUCUCGUGGCAGUACUACUACUACACCCUCACCCCCGAGGGUCUUGACUACCUGCGCGAGUGGCUGCACCUCCCCGCCGAGGUUGUCCCCGCCACCCACAUCAAGCAGCAGCGCUCCCACGCUCCCCCCCCGCGGCAUGCUCGGCGGUGA